CCACGGGGAAGCUCGGGUGCCUCGGCCAGAGAGUGGGUCCUCUGAGAAGGACUAUCCUCCGGAACAUUUCUGAGGUAUCCUGUGGAACAGCUCCAGUCUCAGAUACUAAAGUCUUUACGUUCAGUGGAGUCAGGUUCACAGGAGCAAGAGCAAUGGAGGCCAGCGGGAAGUUCAUUGGCAGACAAAGGCAAGUCCUUUUCUUUUUUUUCUUGGGCUUAUCUCGGGCGGGCUUGGAACCUAGGCGCUAUUCCGUGGUGGAGGAAACUGAGGGGAGCUCCUUUGUUACCAAUUUAGCCAAAGACCUGAGUCUGGGUCAGAGAGAACUCGCCAGCAGGGGCGGUAGGGUCAUUUCCAAAGGGAACAAAUUGCAUUUGCAGCUUGAUCAGGAGACUGGGGAUCUGUUUCUAAAUGAGAAACUGGACCGCGAGGAACUGUGCGGUCACACAGAGCCCUGUGUGCUGCGUUUUCAGAUGUUGCUAGAGAAUCCCUUAGAGUUUUUUCAAGCCGAGCUACAAGUAAUAGACAUAAAUGACCAUGCCCCGGUGUUCGUGGACAGAGAUAUAUUGCUAAACAUAUCAGAGAGCAGUCAUCCUGGGACUACUUUUCCACUGAAGAAUGCUCAAGACAUGGACGUAGGUCUAAAUAAUAUUGAAAACUAUAUAAUCAGCCCCAAUUCCUAUUUCCGGGUCCUCACGCGCAAACGCAGCGACGGCAGGAAGUAUCCCGAGCUGGUGCUGGAUAAAGCGCUGGACCGGGAGGAGGAACCUGAGCUCAGGCUGACCCUCACCGCUCAGGAUGGCGGUUCUCCACCGAAGUCUGGCACUGCUCAGGUCUACAUUGAGGUCGUGGACAUCAACGAUAACCCCCCAGAAUUUCAGCAGCCUCUGUACAGGGUACAAGUUCCCGAGGACAGUCUCAUAGGCCUCCUAAUUGUCACAGUCUCUGCAACAGAUGUAGACACAGGAGUCAACGGAGAGAUUUCCUAUUCUCUUUUCCAGGCUUCAGAAGAGAUUAGCAAAACUAUUGAGCUCAACUCCAUUACAGGAGAGAUUCGACUGAAAAACCAACUUGAUUUUGAAACUGUUCAGUCCUAUGAAGUCAAUAUUGAGGCCAGAGAUGCUGGAGGUUUAUCUGGAAAAUGCUCCAUUCUUAUGCAAGUCAUGGAUGUGAAUGACAAUUACCCAGAAAUCACCAUAUCUGCAUUCACCAGACAGAUACCUGAGAACUCGGCCGAGACAGUGGUCGCCGUUUUCACUGUUUCAGAUCUUGAUUAUGAAGAAAAUGGAAAAUUAAGUUGCUCCAUUCAAGGGGAUCUACCCUUUUUCCUGAAAUCUUCCUUGGACAACUUUUACACCCUAGUGACAGAGAGACCGCUGGACAGAGAGAGCCAAGCCGAGUACAACAUCACCAUCACCGUCACCGACCUGGGGACACCCAGGCUGAAGAGCGAGCACACCAUCUCCGUGCAGGUGGCCGACGUCAACGACAACGCCCCGGCCUUCAGCCAAAGCGCCUACACCCUGUGGGUCCGCGAGAACAACGGCCCCGCCCUGCACAUCGGCAGCGUGAGCGCCACCGACCCGGACUCGGGCGCCAACGCGCAGGUCACCUACUCGCUGCUGCCGCCCGGCGACGCGCGCCUGCCGCUGGCCUCGCUGGUGUCCAUCAGCGCGGACACCGGGCAGCUGUUCGCGCUGAGGCCCCUGGAUUUCGAGGCGCUGCGCGCCUUCGAGUUCGGCGUGGGCGCGGCCGACGGCGGCUCGCCGGCGCUGAGCAGCCGGGCGCUGGUGCGCGUGCAGGUGCUGGACGCCAACGACAACGCGCCCGUCGUGCUGUACCCGCCGCAGAACGGCUCUGCGCCCUGCACCGAGCUGGUGCCGCGCGCGGCCGACGCGGGCUACCUGGUGACCAAGGUGGUGGCGGUGGACGGCGACUCGGGCCAGAACGCCUGGCUGUCGUACCAGCUGCUCAGGGCCACGGAGCCCGGGCUGUUCGGCGUGUGGGCGCCCAGCGGCGAGGUGCGCACGGCCCGGCAGCUGAGCGAGCGCGACGCGCCCAGGCACAGGCUGGCGGUGCUGGUGCGCGACCACGGCGAGCCGCCGCUGUCGGCCACCGUCACGCUGCACGUGCUGCUGGUGGACGGCUUCUCGCAGCCCCACCUGCCGCGGGCCGAGGCGGCGGCCGAGCAGGCGCGGGCCGAGCCGCUCACCGUGUCCUUGGUGGUGGCCCUGGCGGCGGUGUCGUCGCUCUUCCUGCUGUCGGUGCUGGGCGUCGUGGCGGCGCGGCUGUGCGCGAGGGCCCGGGCUGCGUCUGCGGGGGGCUGCUCGGCGCCCGGGGGCGGCCUUGCGGGCCACCUGGUGGACGUGAGCGGCGGCGGGACGCUGUGCCAGGCCUACCGCUAUGAGGUGUGCGUGUCGGGAGGCUCGGGGACCGGCGAGUUCAAGUUUCUGAAGCCAGCUAUGCCUCAUUUCCAGGUCCAUUCUCAUGGGUCAGAAAUAGAGGGAAACACCAACUUUAGGAGUUUCAGUAUUCAGUGACAGUAAUAGUUUUUCAUAAUUCAAAUAUUUAAAACUGAUUAUAAGUUGAAGGUAUCCCUUCCAUGCCAACCUAUUAUUGUUUAAAAUCACAGUAAACUUGCUUGAAACUUUUCUUAUAUUUUCCCAUGGUUUUAAAGAAUGGCAUUUCCGUUUCUUCAUUACUCUAACAGGAUCGGUGGUCUUAAUUCUUGCCUCUCCAAACACUGAUGUAGUCAAUAGGUCUACAAAUCCUUGUUCUGAAAUAGCUUAGGUGUGUAUUAGGAUAAAAAGAAAAACAGUGCAAAAUAACUUCUAUAAAAUCAAUUGUAUUUCUUUGAAUAUUUCUUGUUGUUUCUAAGCCAUUAGGUGUGUAAGAGCAGAAAUGCACUAACACACUAAAGGAAGCCGUAUGGUAAGGAAAGAACUGGUACAGUGAAAAUCUGGCUCUUGCUUUGCUCUCAUAGUACUUAUAUUUGAUGUCUUUUUCUCUUAAGAUGGCAUAGUAAUUGUGCUUCCUUUCAUUAAUAUACCAGCAUUAUUUUAAUGUAAUUAUUUUAAUUGCUUUCUAUUUAAUUCCACUGGUGUUAAAAAGUGGAAACGCUAAGUCGUGUUUAUCCAGUGAGAUGAAAUAACAUGGUAAUAAAAUGGGCUUUUCUUAUUUGAGAAACACUGAGCAUCUGUGACAUAAAAUGCAGUGGUCACCCAAUAUCCAUUCAUCUUCUCUAGUCACAGGUCCCAAAUUUUAUUCAGGGUAUUAGUGUGCUUAGUCAAAAGGAUACAUUUUCCCAGCCUCCUUUGCUAGAAUAACUCAUUUGACUAGGUUAUUGUGUUUGAGAUGUAUAAACAAAUGUUGUAGAUUUCCAAGAAGGCUUUUUAAAGAGUGAUGCCUCAUCUUGGAAGAACCUCUUUUUGUCCUUCUCUGACUGCUCCUUGCUACUUGGAAUGUGUAAGUCAGGGCUGGAACACAACCAGCCAUGUUGAGACAAAGCAACACUAAGGUUGGAACUAUUGGAUAAAGACAGUAUGAUAUAAACUUAAGAGAUGAGGAUCCUUGAUGAUCAUGGAGUCAUCGCACAUACUUGGAUUGCCUACUUCUGAACUUUUAGAUCCUGCAGAAACCAAUAUGAAUGAUUUAACAGUAAGAUUUUUAUGAAAAUAUUAUAUACAUUGAACUAUAUGGUGAAGUUUACAGAUCCUGUGUAUAGUUUGAUGCAACAUAUUUUAAAGCUUUUAUUUCUUGGGUUCUAAUUUAAAGGUAUAGAGUGUUUUACACUUAUUAUCUUUUUAAUCUCCAGCCAAACCCUAAGGGAGUUGGCAUAUUAUCCCCUCUUUUCCAUAUGAGAAAACUGAAGCUUAGAAAGGUUAAGUAAUUUCCUCACAGUUCUGAAGUAUCAAAAGGAACAUUUUGAAGUAUAUAUGUUAAGUCCACUUGAAUGGAAUGGCUUGGUUCCUAAUCCAUAUCCUAUAAUGGGAGGCAUUAACUGGUAGCAUCGUCUUCCUAACUAGAAGUGAAAUCCGUAUCUUCCAUGAACUGAACUGCUGUGCAAAAAUGUGACUUUUUAUCUAUAAUUUGUAUUUAUUUCUAUACUAAUGAGGCCACACUCCUCUGGACCAAUAAACCCUAAGUUCUUUGAGAAGCAGUGACCUAAGUAGGCUGCAUAGGACACCACAAUUAAUCUUCACCAUAGACAAAUCAGCCUGAUUGUCUACCUGUACAUCUCAAUAUAUCACAUUCAUUGCAGAAAUAAAUGCCUUCAAGAGGGAGUAGAGUAACCUUAUGGUUGUAUUUAUUGAAUUCCUCAUGGAAUCUUUCAUUUUUUUCUGUCCAUCCCAAUAUAUGCAUAUUUUUGUUUUCUCUAGAAAGUUUAAACUUGCCUUAUUAUAUAAUUGUUUUGUCUCUUAUUCAAAUCAGAUAUACUGCAUUUAUUUUAUCACACUUUGUUUGAAAGCAGUUAUUCUGGUAUUUUUAAAUGAAAUAACUAAUUUCAGAAAAGUGUACACAAGGAUAUGGAGGAGUUUAUAUUGGUAACUAACUUGGAGAUUCUAGAAAUUUAAUACGAAUAAAACUGAUAGGUUCCUGUUAUUUUCUGUUAAUAUUAGCCAUUCUUUGGAAACUACUCCUAAAAAUUAUGCUGAAUAAAAGAUUUGGAGUCAUAAAAGACUUUAUUCUGGAAGUACAGUUCAUUGGAGCUGAAUCAGACAUUCUUCAGCAUUUGCUGUGAUAACAUUAUUCUUGUAGAGUGAUUAAUUUCUGUUGACUUAGCUGCUAGGUGCAUGAAAUCCAUGCUCAUGUAAUGUAUUCAUUUUCUAUUACUGCUAUAAAAAGUUAC